GUCUGAUGUCUCACCUGAACUGCCAAUAGUUCCUCCGCGACAUGCAUGCGCCAGUCAAUAUUGCACGGACUGCUGUCCCACGCCUGAUCCGGAGGUUUGGAGUGCGAGUGGGACAGAGAUAAAAAGCUGCCUGUUCGUCGUAUCGUCCGGUCUUCUUUUUCGUUUCUCUUCCAGGUGCCAUACAAUCUCCGAGUAUAUAUCUUCUAUAUCCUCCCACCUCCCCACCUCCAAGCCAACCAGUUCAGAUCAACCCAGACAACCGAUAGACACGAUGAAGUUCACCCUUCUUACCCUGCUGGCAUCCUGCCUUCUGGCCGUCUCCGCGGCCGAGACGUCUUCUGCUACGUCCGCUGCCACUGCCACGUCGAAUGCCAUCUGUGCAAAGGAGAUUCUCCAAGCAUGUCUCGAGCGCAUGGAGCCCCAGCUCAAGAAAUGCACCCCCAACAGAUGGGACUGUCUGUGUGAGCAGACGAAUAAUGUCUUGACCUGCUACAACAACUGCACCGGCCACGCCGACCGGCUCACAACAGAGCAACAGCGCGAUUCGUACUGCCGCGCCGCCAAAGCCGCCUCGAUGACCGUGUCGACCUCGACGACGGCCAAGCCGACCUCGACGCAGGACGCGUCCAAGACGAAGGCCACGGGCGACGAGGCCAGUGCCGCCGAGGCGUCCGCCACGAGUAGUGCGUCCGAGGCGGGGACCGGCGCCGUGGCCAUGGGGAUGGGCGGUGGUGCGGUUGCGGCGUUUGUGGUGGGGGUUUUGGGGAUGGUUUAGUUUGACUUGACUAGGGUUGACUGACUGAUGGAUUGAUUGAGGUUAUGUUGUAUUAGGUUAUGUAUUUAUUGUUGAAUCUGACUGUCUUGAUUUAUG